UUGAAAUUUCGGGACUAUCAGAGUGUUCACCAUCCUCUGUCUUCCAUCGCUGCAGCCACCGGCAAGCCACUUGAUCACUCCUGCUUUGUUACGAUGCGCUUCGCCACUGUUAUCCCCAUCAUUCUUGCGGCCCUGUCCGCCACUGCGCAAGCAGAAACUUGUCAAGCGAUUCUGGACGCCGAAUACUCUCUAUUUUCCGGGACCGAUCUGUGCCAGCGGUGCGACAACAGAUGCACUCCCGAGGACGGAUGGUGCUGGAGACAAUCCCUUGAUUUGGUAGACUACACCAGGCGGAACUGCAUCAACUAUGGGCUGGAGGCCGGAUACUGCAAGGACUAUGCCAUCAAUGAUGUUUGCAGCAAUUAGCGGUAAUGGCUAGAGAUUUUAGAUCUCGUCGACUGUCAAGGCUUCAACGUCAACAAGCAGGAGCUUUGGAUCGUGCAAGAAUCGCGUUGGAGGACGAGUAUUGGAUAAUCAAUCGGUUGAACUUGGAGUGAAAUCCUUUUCGCAUUACAGGCACAAUAAUUCCAAACACUCUUAUGUUGUACGCCCAGAUAUAAUGCACCAGAAAAAAGAUGAUUGUCAUGGAGUCACCAUUAUUGUGUGGGUGGUGUCUCGCGUAUGCUCCGGGCAGAUCUCAUCGUGUAAUUCCCAUGUUAGCGUGUGUGAUUUCUGGAAACCACAACUUCUUUGAAACGCCAUUUCGUAAUUAGUCUACCCUAUGGUUUAAGAACCAAUCGCCCAUUGAAUGAGCGACACAAACAAAAAGUCAAUCUUCGGCUGUGCUGCAUCCAUCUUGAUGCUGGUCCUCCACUAAUUCUCUGUCAACUGCGUGAUUCCACUAUCAUAUACCUCCAU